AUGGCAACUCCUCCUAAGAGAAUAUGCUCGAGUCCAGUCUUUGACAACAGUUUUGAAAAGAGGACUAAGAAAAUUUCCAUCGAGGGCAAUAUUGCUGCUGGAAAAUCCACGCUUGUCCGUCUUCUGGAGAAAUCCUCGGAGGAAUGGGAGGUGAUUCCAGAGCCCAUCGGAAAGUGGUGCAACGUACAAACUACCGAAAAUGAAUACGAGGAACUUAGCACUUCUCAGAAGAGCGGAGGCAACUUACUGCAAAUGUUGUACGACAAACCUAGUCGGUGGUCUUACACUUUCCAGAGCUACGCGUGCUUGAGUCGUGUGCGCUCACAGCUGCAACUACCCUCCAUCAAACUACAGCAGGCAGAGAAACCUGUGCAGUUCCUGGAGCGCUCAGUCUACAGCGAUCGGUAUGUGUUUGCUUCCAAUCUGUUUGAGUCCGGGGACCUAAAUGAGACAGAAUGGACCAUUUACCAGGACUGGCACAGCUGGCUUCUCUCCCAGUUUGAGUCGCAGAUUGAGCUGGAUGCUAUGAUUUAUCUGAGAGCUGAUCCACAGAGAUGUAUGCAACGACUGCAUCUUCGAGGACGAGAGGAAGAACAGGGAAUUCCUCUGGAAUACCUAGAAAAACUGCAUUAUAAGCAUGAGUGCUGGCUUUACCACCGUACAACCUACUUGGAUUUUGAGUACCUGAAAGAUCUUCCCGUUCUUGUCCUUGAUGUGAAUGAAGAUUUCAAGUAUGACAAAAUUAAGCAAGUAGAUGUCAUAGACAAGGUAAAGGAGUUUCUGGACACCCUUUAACACCUGAUCCCUAUCUCAAGGGACAAUGCUUAAAACUUUGAGUGAUCCAGUCUCUUCAGAUGGGAUCUAUAGAAGUGUGUGUAUAUACUGCAGAGAGUGGAAUAUCUCGUAAGAUCUGCCUCUGAAUACAGUUUUUUGCUGUUGUAGAUAAUGUUUUGUUAAUACAGCUUUUUAAAUGUAAUUUAUGUAUAGGCUCUUAACUUUCAAAAUUUUGAAAUCAUCAAAUGUAAACUUUAAGGAGUUCUGGAUUUGAGUAGAAUGGCAGCUUGAAUUUGAAAGUGUUACUCUUUUUACUUUCAGUGUUAAAGUAUGUUGGAAUAUGACUCAAUGCAGG